UCCUAGUAAUAGUAGUCAUUAGUCAUGCUACAUUUUUACCAUUUCAAUUCAAAGUAGCAUUUCUUAAACUUCACUAUUUUUCUAUAAAUAGCAUCUCCCCUCUCAACUUCUUCACAUUUUUUCUCCUUCCAAAAUCAUCAUCCCACCUCGAUGGAAAAAAUGGAUUCUAUCAAUUUAUCCAAAACAAUCAAAGCUAAAGUCGAAGAAGCUAUGAUUUUCGAUGAAAAAAAUGAUAACGAAAAAGGAAAUUUUAUUGAAAAUGAAAAAUCUAAAGUCGAAGGCGAAGGAGACAGUAACAAAAAAGGAAAUUGCAUUGAAAAUAGAAAAUCCGAAGUCGAAGCUGAAGCCGAAGAAACUGAUAUUAUUUCCGACGAAAAAGGAAAUUGUUUUCUCGAAAAUGGAAAAUCUAACAACGUUUCAAAUUCCAUAAAUAUAGAAAAAAACAAUUUGAAUUCCGAUAUUCACGCAGAGAAAAACGGCAACGUUUUAUUAGGUAUAAUCAAGCCACAUACCUUGUUACCACAACCGGAGCCACCCGCCGGAGCAUCAUUUCUCCGGUCUAAAUCCAUGCCGGAGAGCAACAAUUUCGACAUGCCGGAUAUCGGAAAGUUCUUCCGCGAGAAGAGCAACAGCUUAUCAUCGGCAAUUAAAUCGCUGUUCGAAGAGGAGGAAAAGACAGUACAACAUGUCACGGAGAUCAACCUCUCCGGUACGAAGGUGAUCGUUGUUGAGAAGAAGAAGAAGCAGCUGUUUGGGAGGGUGAGCUUCUUCUCGAGGUCGAACUGCAGGGACUGCACUGCGGUUCGGUCCUUUCUACGCAAAGAAAAUUUGAAUUACGUGGAGAUCAACAUCGAUGUGUAUCCCGAAAGAGAAAACGAACUGAUUUCCAGGACUGGUGGUUCAGAUGUACCGGUCAUAUUUCUGAAUGAGAAAGUGAUUGGAGGUUUAGUAGCUCUCAACUCGCUGCGAAACAGCGGGUUGCUCGAGCGUAAACUGGAGGAAAUGCUGGCCGGAAAAUGCCCCGACGAUGCUCCGGCGCCGCCGGUUUACGGCUUCGAUUACGAUGAUGCGAACCGGAACGACGAAGAGCUGAUUGAAAUUGUGAAGAUACUGAGGCAGAAGCUUCCGAUACAAGAUAGGAUAAUGAGGAUGAAGAUAGUGAAAAAUUGCUUUGCCGGCGGUGAGCUUGUGGAGAUUUUGAUUCAUCAUUUGGAUUGUGGUAGAAAAAAGGCUGUGGAAAUCGGGAAGAACCUGUCGAGGAGGCAUUUUAUUCACCAUGUCUUCGGAGAAAAUGAAUUUGAAGACGGAAAACACUUCUAUAGAUUCCUUGAACACGAGCCUUUCAUUCCCAAAUGCUAUAACUUUCGAGGAUCAACAAAUGACAAUGAACCUAAGGAUGCUGCUGUGUUAGGCCAAAGGCUUGGUAAAAUAAUGUCUGCUGUACUUGAGUCUUACGCCUCUGAUGAUCGGCAUCAUCUUGAUUAUGUAGGCAUCAGCAACAGCGAAGAAUUUCGCAGAUAUACAAAUUUGGUUCAGGAUCUCCACAGGGUGAACAUUCUAACGCUUUCAGCAGACGAGAAGUUAGCCUUCUUUCUGAAUUUGUAUAACGCUAUGGCCAUUCAUGCGGUGAUCAGGGUUGGUCAUCCUGGAGGCAUGAUCGAUAGGAGAGCAUUUUUCUCCGAGUUCCAGUACAUAGUAGGUGGUUAUUCCUAUUCCCUAUCAGGUAUAAAAGACGGCAUAUUAGGAAGCAACCGAAGAGCUCCAUUUGCGCUGAUGAAACCCUUCCCUAGCGGAGAUAGGCGCCUGGAGAUUGCAUUACAGAAAGUUAAUCCGUUGAUCCAUUUUGGACUGUGCAACGCAACAAGAUCAAGUCCAGCAGUAAGAUUUUUCACACCUAAAAGCGUUGAGUCUGAACUAAGACAUGCUGCAAGAGAGUAUUUCCAGAGGGACGACGCAAUGCAAGUGGAUUUGGCUAAGAGAACUGUCUACCUUAGUCGAAUGAUCAAGUGGUACAGUGGUGAUUUUGGACAAGAAAAGGAACUAUUAAAGUGGAUUACAGGUUACUUAGAUGCAACUAAAGCAGGUCUUUUAACACAUCUUAUGGGUGAUGGUGGACCUGUUAAUGUUGUUUAUUCAAGUUUUGAUUGGUCUCUAAAUGCUUAAUCAAAUUUGUUUUAGUAUUAAUCUCUCAAUAUCUGAAGGGGAGCCUCGGAGUAACCGGUAAAGUUGCAGUCAUAUGAUCAGAAGGUCACGGGUUCAAGCGUUGGAAACAGCCUCGGGCAGCAAUGCAAGAUAAGGCUGCGUACAAUACACCUUCGUGGUGGAGCCCUUCCCCGAACCCUGUGCAUAGCGGAAGCUUUAGUGCACCGGGCUGCCCCUUUUUUUCCUCAAUAUCUCACAAAGUAUGGGAAUUGUUGAUUGUUCACUUAGUAGUAUAGUUGAAAAAAUUUGUGUAUAGUGAACUUGUUAAUGGAUUGUAAGUUUGUAAUGAGUUAUUUUUUCUCCUAACUACAUAACUCGGGGAUCUCAGUAGCUCGAUUGGUUGGCUACUCGAAUUUUCACCUUGCUGGUGAGAGUUCGACUCCCAACACGGUGAAAAUUUGGAUUCACAAUCGAUAACGAGCAUUAUACGCGAUUCACAAUCGAUAAUAAGUGGUCGAUGAGCUAUGUUGAUGUGUAAUAUAUGUUGUUCGGACUCUUCAAAUAUAUAGAUGUGUGCAUGUCGGAUCGUCCAAAAAUAGUAUCUUUUUGAAGAAUCCAA